CUCGCCACCCUAAGCUGUGCCAGGAAUAAAAUCAAUACAUUUCUUAAAAAUAAAGUUUAAAACAACCCGGUUGUAAACAAAAUUAAGCUGCUCAGGUUUACUACAAAUUAAAUCCAACACAGAAGAGAAAAAGGGAUAGCUCACAGCAUAAACAAGUAAUAACUCAAUUUGGAAUGGAUUCUGUGGACCAGCAACUUAAGGAGCUGUCCUUUCUAAAAGACUCCCCUUCAAAAACCUCUUCAUCUGCUGCCAUUGGUCAUGUUAACGUUGCGGAGCUAGUUAACAAAAUACGUCAAAGGCAAAGUGAAUCUUGUACGAUGAUGGACGGACCUCCCAAGCCACCAAAGAAAUAUAAUGAGUUACCCCAGGUUCCAUCAAGUAAACAGGUUUCUUGUUCGCGGGAACCGCUGUAUUCAAAACCUCUUUUUGGAAUUGACAAAACAAUGAAUGGACCCAUGCCUUUCAGAAAACUCAACAAUUCUAAUUUGGGAAUUGCUGAAAUGUCAAUUAACAGAAAGACAACUUUGGACAAUCCAGCAAUAUUGGAACAGCAAUUGGAAGCUCUGGCCUACCACAAACUUCAAAUGGAAAAAAAGGGACUUUUAGGAGUGCAAGUUAAAGCAUCACAAUCUGCAAACAGUUUCGCAGAGUCCCCAUCAGGCACGCUGAGCAAAAGCUUAAUAUAUGGAAAUAUAAAUAUAGAAAAAGCAAAACAAACAAAGGAGAUAGGUAUUUCUUCAAGUACCUACUCAAAUGUUCACAAAACUGAGUUCAAAGACAUGAGCCCGUCACGUAAAACGCUGUCCGUUUGCACAAAUUUGUUAUCAGAACACGAAGUAGAGGAUGACCUGCUGCCACCUCCGAGCCCAGAGAGCGCUGUGAGCUCUUCUUAUAGCGAGCUUCGGCAAGCCUCUACUGCUUUUAACAAGCCAACAGGUUCUCUGCAAAAUAAGCAUAAAAUAAUUCCUUCGUUACAAAUAUAUGCAAACCAAUAUGAGCUGCAACAUGGUGCUAUAAUGAAGAGUUCUACUUAUGAUUCAAUAUAUGAGCCUAUAAACCCUCGUCCUUCUGGAGACAUGUUGCACCGGGAAAGAUGUAAUCUGUAUGGGUCAUCCAUCAAUGAUAAUAAUAUUUCAGGCAGUUUCGGUGACGUAAAUAUUUCGAAUUCAGUGGAAGCGAGCCAUUCGUUAUUAUACGCGAAUGAUAACUGUCUAAGCACAUGCUAUAUUGGAAAAACUACUCAUAAAAAUAAUGAAAAGGGACUUAGUAACUAUAUAUCUACAGCCCCCGAUCCAAUACAAGAAUUUGAAAACUACGGUAGAUGUGUUAAAUGCAAUUCACGUGUACUAGGAGAGAGUAGUGGGUGUACAGCAAUGGAUCAAAUAUACCAUAUUUCAUGCUUUACUUGCACAGACUGUCAAAUAAACUUACAGGGAAAACCAUUCUACGCAUUAGACGGCAAACCAUACUGUGAAUAUGAUUAUUUACAAACACUGGAAAAAUGUUCGGUUUGCAUGAAGCCCAUUUUGGAAAGAAUUCUUAGAGCUACCGGAAAGCCAUACCAUCCUCAAUGUUUUACAUGUGUUGUCUGUGGAAUAAGCUUAGAUGGGCUAUUAUUUACAGUUGAUGCUACUAAUCAAAACUAUUGUAUUACAGAUUUUCAUAGAAAAUUUGCUCCUCGCUGUUGUGUCUGCAAACAACCAAUCAUGCCAGAUGCUGGACAAGAAGAAACGGUCAGAGUGGUGGCCUUAGAUCGAAGCUUUCACCUCGAGUGCUAUAAGUGCGAGGACUGUGGGCUAUUACUGUCAUCUGAAGCUGAAGGCCGCGGAUGUUAUCCCCUAGAUGAUCACGUUUUAUGUAAGAGCUGCAAUGCCCAACGUGUUCAGGCUUUAACAAAGCGCAUGACAUCGGAACAUUAAAAAUAGUUAUUAUCGUACUAUUGAGUUGUUAAAAACCCGUUUUUUAUUUUAAUUUAUAAGGCAGAGUAUUUAACAACACAACCUAAAAUUGAAUAAUUGAUAAUACCUAAACGAAAACGCAUAAUUUAGGCAUUUUAUUUAUUUAUUAAUAUGUUCAAAGAAAUAUGACCCUUUUAGCAAAUCAUCUCACUAUUAGACAAAAUAUCUAUAAACUAGGUGUCAGGUAAAAUUUUUCCCACAGGCUGCUGUGUUUACAUAUUUGAUGAAAAAUAAACUAAAGAAAUGAAUUUGCUAUUUGCCUCUCUUGUAAAAUCACUAUUACGAGGCACUGAACGACUAUAGCGGUCUUCCAUGUAUGAACAUAAAUUCUGAUAGUUGCAAAUUUCUAUAAAGGCAACUAUUCCUACACGCGAUUUAAGCACUAUGGGUGUUUGUGGGUGUCACUUUCUUAUUCAAGAACUAUACAUUUCAAUUAAAAUAUUUGAGAAAAUUCGCGGACAUAACUAGACCGACUCGGCUGGUAAACUCGAUCAAAACAAGAAAAAAGUUAACUUUGCAAGCCAAAGCUUGUAUACUCCUGCAGUUAUAGGAAAGCAGUGUUAAAGAAAAUACGAUCAAAAUAAACAAAGCUAAAUUUAAAAAAAAAAUAAAUAUUUCAUUAUUGAUCGCACCUUUAACACCUUUUUUGUUUAAUAUCAGAGGUUUUCGUUUUAAACAUAAAUUAUGUAACACAUAUACUUUCCCAAUAUUCGUAGAAUUCAAGUUUCUUAUGGGAAACUGUUUAUAAGAAAUUAAUUAAUAUAAAAGAGAAUUGAUACACAAAAAUAUCAAAAGCUCAGUCAGUGUUAUAUGUUCUGAACUAGUAAACGUUUCCAUUUUUGUUGACUAAUAACUUUAAAGGGUAACAUUUUUAAAUAAUUAAAAUUUAGUUUAGAUACGCAAAAAAAGUCAAUAUUCACGCAGUGUUAUAUGGUCUAAACUGGUAAAUGUGUCAAAUUUUGUUUAAAUUUAAUUUUAAAUCGUUUUAGCCGUUUAAACGUUGGUAUUAACACAAAUCGAGUUCAAAGGGAAAUACCUUUCUAACAACGUAUAGCCAAAUCCUGUAGCUUCAGUAGUUCACAAGGAAUGAGUAUACAACAUUUUGCUAUUUAUAGAUGUUUUCUCGCCGAAGUAGAUAGUUUUUCCAAAAGUGGUAAAACUAAUGUUUGUCAUAUUGAGCUGUUUAACAUCGUCUAGAAUCAGGACUCUAAAAUAACGUUUUGAGACAAACUGACAAAAAAAUACAAUUAUUAUUUUGAGAAGACUCCCAAAGUCUUGUUUUGACAGUUGAGGUGUCAUUCGAUGCGCAUUUUAAUAGAGAAUACAACUAGGUCAAUAGUGGGGUAUUUAUCCCCAGCCCCAACACAUUAAAUUUUUACUAUUACACUUUCCCCACCCUUUUACCAGAACAAAUUGAUUUUCUUAAAAUCUUAGUAUGCAAUUCUUCAUAUACUAAAUGCAAUACCUUUCUAUUGAUGUAUCACUAGUAACAAUCGAACGAUUACUGUAGAUUUUCAUUUCUUCGUGAUAGUAAGUAAUCGCCUUCGUACACCCUCCUGGUGCGCUUCGACAAGUGGACUACCGUCCACGGUGAUAUGUAUGUCCGCUUGUUCCAAAGGAUAUAGUCGUCCGACCUUGGUAAAAUUAAAUUCGAGUUCUCAACUAAUCAAAAUAUAUUAUUUCCAAGCGUAGCGUUAAAGAACACCAAUGAUAUAAUUUAAAACAAAAAAAUAAAUUAAUUUCGGCAAACCGAAGUUUGUAGUUAUAAGAAAUAAUCAACGUUAGUGUCACCAUGUGAAAUUAUUAAGGCUUCUUGAUGGCUUCAUUGAUAUUAAAUAAUAUAUAUUUAAA